GCUGGGCUCAGGUAUAAAAAGUGGCUCUAAUGUUGCAUUGGGACACAGUCGCAGAGAGAAGGAGAAAUAUACCGAUACCUUAAGAUGGAUGUAAAAAUAUCAGCCAUUCUGCUGGCCUGCAUUAUACAAUAUGCUGUGAGCUCACCUAUACAGGUUUUCUUCUCAGGUGCUAAAAUACUUGCUGAAGAAGAUGCAAUGGCCAAGGAGGACAUUCUCAAAGCAAUAGAAAAAGCAGAUCCAGGAAGCGUGAAGACACAGGACUCCAUGGACAUACUCAGUCAGAUAUUAGAGGCAAACAAAGGUAUUAAGCUGCAAACCCAAGAAGGAGACAUUAUUCAAAAACAAGGUCGUAGCGCCAUAAAUGAUGCAAGAUUCCUUUGGCCUAAGUCUGCCGAUGGGAUUGUCCCUGUGCCUUACAACCUCUCCUACAGCUAUAAUGCGGAUCAGUUAGGUCUCUUUAAGAAGGCCAUUCAGGAGUUUGAAGCCUUAACCUGUGUGAGAUUUGUACCUUGGACAACAGAAGUCGAUUUUCUCAACAUCAUGUCUAAUGGCGGUUGUGGAUCUUUAAUUGGGAAAAAUGGAGGAUCUCAGAGAUUGGAGUUGGAUGCAAAUGGGUGCAUGAUUAUGGGGAUCAUCCAGCAUGAACUGAACCAUGCCCUGGGCUUCAACCAUGAGCAGAACAGAAGCGACCGGGAUGACUAUGUCAUUAUACAUACUGAGAAUAUCAUACCAGACUUUCUCAAAAUGUUCGAAAAAUACAACACCAAUAACCUUGGGAUUGAAUAUGACUACGCUUCAGUGAUGCAUUACUCACGUUAUCACUAUAGUAUCAACGGAGACAUCACCAUUGAGCCCAAGCCUGAUCCAAAUGUUCCCAUUGGACAAAGGGAUGGACUUAGUAUUCUGGACAUUUCUAAGAUUAACAAACUAUAUGAGUGCAAUGUGUGCUCCAAUCUGCUCCCUUACUCCAAUGGGAUGAUGAUUUCAGCCAACUACCCCUCUGCCUACCCUAAUAAUGCCAACUGUGUUUGGUUGAUUAGAACUCCAUCUGGCCAGGUGACCCUGCAAUUCCAAGCCUUUGAUAUCCAGUCAUCUUCGGGCUGCGUCUCUGACUACAUUAAGAUCUAUGAUGGUCCUACUAAGGCAUUCCCUGUGUUAGUAAACAAGGCAUGUGGUACAGGACUGAUCCCUCUACAGAUUGCCUCCACUAACCAGAUGCUGGUUGAGUUUGUCAGUGAUAGAGCAGUUACUGGGACCGGCUUCAAAGCAACAUAUGGCUCAAUUCAGUGUGGUGGAGCUUUCUAUUCCUCACCCAAGACUUUCACAUCUCCGAAUUACCCUGGAAACUAUACAGCUGGCACAAACUGCACCUGGACAAUCACAGCUCCCACUGGAUUCAAGGAGAUCAAGUUCUUCACUUCAACUGGGCUUAGCAGGGAACACAAAUUUAAUCAAUAA